CGGGACUUGCGGAGAGCUCCCACCCGGCUCGCCGGAGCUCGCCUCACCCGCUAGCCUCAAGCCACAAGACCCUGGCGAGCGCCACUUCUCUUAGCUGCUACCCCCCGGCCUGGAGUUGCCUGGCCGUGGCGGAGUUCCACGACGCACACACGUCUCUCAUUUUUACAAACCUUCCCAAAGAAAUAGAAUAAGCUUCAAGCUGGCGGGAACGAUGGGUCACAUAAAGAAAGGCGAGCUGACCCAGGAAGAAAAGGAGCUGCUAGAGGUGAUCGGGAAAGGUACCGUGCAAGAAGCUGGGACACUGCUGUCUAGUAAGAAUGUUCAUGUCAACUGCUUGGAUGAGAAUGGAAUGACUCCGUUAAUGCACGCAGCAUACAAAGGAAAACUUGACAUGUGCAGAUUACUUCUGCGACACGGAGCUGAUGUCAAUUGCCACCAGCAUGAGCAUGGGUAUACAGCCCUCAUGUUCGCUGCACUUUCUGGUAAUAAAGACAUCACAUGGGCCAUGCUGGAGGCAGGCGCAAAAACAGAUGUCGUGAACUCAGUGGGAAGAACGGCCGCUCAGAUGGCCGCAUUUGUGGGUCAGCAUGACUGUGUGGCUAUAAUCAACAAUUUCUUCCCUCGAGAGAGACUGGAUUAUUACACUAAACCCCAGGGAUUGGACAAAGAGCCAAAACUGCCUCCAAAGUUGGCAGGCCCACUGCACAAAAUCAUCACCACAACGAAUCUCCACCCGGUCAAGAUCGUGAUGCUUGUGCGUGAGAAUCCCCUGCUGGCAGAAGCAGCAGCGCUCGGUAAAUGCUACAAGGUGAUGGAUUUGAUCUGUGAGAAAUGCAUGAAACAAAGGGACAUGAAUGAAGUGCUGGCUAUGAAAAUGCACUAUCUCAGCUGCAUCCUUCAGAAAUGCGUUUCCUUCCUCAAAGAAGGGGAGAAUAAGCUGGACACCCUCAUCAAAAGCUUGUUGAAAGGCAGAGCAUCUGAUGGCUUCCCGGUGUAUCAGGAAAAGGUCAUCAGAGAAAGCAUCCGGAAGUUUCCGUACUGUGAGGCAACGCUCCUCCAGCAGCUGGUGCGAAGCAUUGCUCCGGUUGAAAUUGGUUCUGAUCCCACUGCAUUCUCUGUACUUACCCAAGCCAUCACAGGACAAGUGGGCUUUGUGGAUGUUGAGUUUUGUACCACCUGUGGAGAAAAAGGAGCAAGUAAAAGAUGUUCGGUUUGCAAGACGGUAAUCUACUGUGACCAAACCUGCCAGAAAACACACUGGUUUGUCCACAAGAAGAUGUGUAAGAGUCUGAAAGAUGUUUAUGAGAAGCAACAGUCUAAAGCUGCCAAACAUAAGAGCCAGGAGGAAAAGAAUGGGAAAGUUGAUGUCAAUUCUAACCGUGUUAACGAAGAUCAACCAGAGGCUGAAGUGGGUAUCUUCCAAGAAAAUUCCACUCCUGGAGAUUCUGUGCAAGGGGAAAGAGAAGAGGGAGUUGAGGCUGGACUGGCCAGCACACAGGAUGCACCUUCAGGGCCACAGCGGUCUGAGGAGUAAAAGCUGUGGACAGUGGCUGGCACAGUCUUCAUCCUGGCAGAUAGCUGCAGAACUCAUGUGAAUGUACCUUCAUUUGCUGUGACACUGCAUGGCACAGUGGCAGGAUUGCACAUCCCUAGAAUAGAGGCUUUCAAGCAAAGCUACCUCCCCUGCCUUGAUAUCCUGUUGAUUUCUGUUCUGUAAUUGAACAGGCAUUUCUGUGGAAAAGGUUGUCUUUCAAAAUGCACAAAAAAUGAGUCUGUUCCCUUUCUGGCUCCCUAGUGAUUGUACACAAAGGAAAAUAAAUCCCCUUAAAGAAGAAAUCUGGGCUCUAGGGAGCAAAGAGAAGAGCAGGGAAGAUGUGAAAGAGAAGCGAUGUAUAGGGAAUUAGGAAUCAUGCUCACAGUGAUGGGCAAUCAGAAAAGCAAACCUUACCCAUGAAUUAUUGUCCUGAAGUUGGACAUACAAAGCUGCGAUGAGGAAUGCUUUGUGUUCAAGCAGCUUUGCCAUAGUUCGGCCUGGUAUAGUUUAAACAGAACGUACCAAGAGCACUUUGAACCCCAUGUUUCUUGCAGCAGUACUCUCUGCAGCAUUUGAAUGUUCAGAAAGAUUGGAUCAAACACUGGGUAGUCACUCUGCACUUCCUGUCGAGCCACCUCACACACCGUACUCCACCCGAAAGGCCAACCAUUAUCUUCCCACCAGCUGCUCAGGAGCCUCGUUCUGUCCAGAAACUCUACUUUAUAACUGUCCCAUUCUGCGUUUUAGUUUGUGUGGCGUGUCAUUAAAGCUGGGGUGUCAUGUCUGAAGGAGGUGCUGUCUUUCAGUCUCCCCUGUUGGCUUUAAAAAUAAAUCUGCCUGCACACACAGUUCAUCUUGUUUCAUAAUUU